GACGCCGUCGGCGCCAAGUGAAUCCGAGACCACCAACUCCCUAAUCACUCGACAUCUCCGCCCUCAUCCAGGUCAAUUAGUUAGAAGCAUCCGCAGCUACUGCCGCCGCGGCGACGUCACUAAAGUCGCAUUUUUCCAACCGGACCACAUCUUAAACUGGUCAACACAACAGUUGCAGCAAUCUCACACACCAGCAUGGCGCGAGGCCGACGUCCCAAUCUGGAUCUGGAGCCCUCGAGGCAACUCUUGACGCAACGAGCAUUUCGCGAGCGCAAAGCGGCGCAUCUGAGAGAUUUGGAAGAGGCCGUCAAGAAGCUUAGAGCGGAGAAUGCAGCUUUGAGACGAAGCUCUGGCCUCGCGGCACCCGAAGAGGAGCUGAUCCCUGAUGCCGCCGAAGGGUCGCGUUCGAUUUCUGUUGGGGACGCUGAUGCGGAAGGGGAGGAGGAGAUCGAUGCGCAAUCCGAGGAAGAGGAUGUGAAGGACCCAUCCCUGCUGCUCUGCAUGGAUCAGACUGCAGUCGCAAGCACCGCCUCUACUGCCAGUCAAUGCUCGGACUGCCAGGCAACCGCGCAGGAACAGAGUCAAAUUCGUGAGGCCAUGUCGGUGCUCGAGGGACAUGUCAGGAAUGUGAACGCUGCCAUGAUCAGCCUGAGAAACGCGAUAGCAAGCACAGAUGAGCGGAGGCAGGCAUGGCUCUCUCAGCGGGCCGACUCCAGACCCGCGCCGAGUGGCGUUUCUAAUUUGAAAGUUGGAAGUAAAGAUGGUGAUGACGCAGCGACUCCCAUGUUGCCUCCCAAUCUUGAUGCUCAAAGACAUUUCGGAUCGCACGCGAACAUCAGACCCACAAGGUCGGUGUCGGCGUCCACGACAAAUGGCGCUGGGGUCGACCACCGCCUCUCUAGCAGCAUGCAGCAGCCCUCUGUGUGGUCGCCUAGUGAAGCUUCCACAGGAGCGCAUGCUCACAAUGCACUUUUAUCCUUUCGUAGAGGACCACCAUCAGGCUUCGACGCUAUUCAUGACAGCGCGAGGCAGGUCAGAAGAAGGACAGAGACGUGGAACGCUGCUCGCCCAGCAACGUCCAUCGGUUCCACGCAGAGCACACCUCACUCGACCAUUGGAACUUCUCCCUCUUCGGCCAUGGCGCCUCCUUGCACCCCCGCCUCCUUCAGCGUCGAUUGGAACUUUGUACCUCCUGCAGAAUCGCCGUGCGCUACCUAUGAUGCCCCAUCGCACAGCGCUACUCACGAGAAUCGGCCCAGGACGAUGGGAAGCAGCAUCGUUCGGGAAGCGGCCAGCAGACCGCGCGUCUCGUCCGUGAGAUCCGACCAUCACGACGCAAGCGUUUAUGCUCGAACACCACAGCCUUGCCAGCCGAUGCAUUGCUCAGCUUCCCGGUCUAACGACGAGCCCUCCGACACAGCAGCAAGUGCAGCAUCCCUCGAGCAGGCAAGCGUUCCACCUCAACACUUCAACCAUCAGAUGCACCCCACCAUCUACUCCGAGCUCGCUCAGCUCCCCAAUCAUCAAUUUGAUCCUUCGCUUGGCAGCAAUGCGAACCAGUACAGCAGCGCUCAGGUCGGCAACAAUCUCCAAGGCACUUCUUCAUCGAACUCUUUUGCACAGACGGGCACUUCAGCGGGGGACGACAACGCUUGCUGCUUUGGCGUUUUCAAUUGCGAUUCUGAUGGCCGCAUCUUACUCUAACACGCCAACACUUACCGAAUGUUGUUUCACCAUCGCUGGGCGAUCUCGAGCCGUCCGCGACUCGAUUCUC